AUGUGGGGCUACAGCGUGGACGAGCGAAAGCUCCAACGCGAAGACACCAAUGGUCCACCCACGAAUCAAUGGCACAAUGCGCAGCGAACGGGCGGUACUCAUCCCACCGAGGAGGUCGAAGGCGAAGGCGAAGGAACGUGGGGUGAGAACGAUGUCGGUGGAUUCACCACUCGCCAGGCAAUGGAGGACUACGAGGCCCUUAGGAAGGAUCUCACACAACUCUCAAAAACACGCUCGCGAGACACUCAGCACUCUCUCAAACGAACGACCACUGGACAGACUGCGAAGAGCGGACGAAAGUCCUUGACAAGCCGUCAAGCGACACAUACCUCCGAAGCCGCCGAACAGGACGUCGAGGCGGGACCACAAGAAGAGGUCGAGGAGUCGAAAAAGGACGACGACGAUGAGGACGACUUCGAACUCGAUCGUUUCAUGAGGGAAGGGCACUUUGAGAAGCGAUCCGACGGUACCUCGGACAAACGUGUCGGUGUGGUAUACAAGGAUCUCACGGUCAAGGGUAUCGGAUCGACGACUUCGUUUGUCCGAACAUUGCCCGAUGCCAUUAUCGGCACUUUCGGUCCGGACUUGUUCAAGAUCAUCUGCCGGUUCGUGCCUGCACUGGCAAAACGUACUGGCGAGACACGUACUCUCCUCAACGGCUUCACGGGAUGUGUUCGAGAUGGCGAAAUGAUGCUGGUUCUUGGACGACCAGGAUCCGGCUGUUCGACUUUCCUCAAGGCCAUCAGCAAUAACCGCGAGACGUACGCUGAAGUCACUGGAGAUGUCUCAUACGGUGGCAUCCCAGCCGACAAGCAGAAGAAGAUGUAUCGCGGAGAGGUGGUCUACAAUCAAGAAGAUGACGUUCACUUCGCGACGCUCAAUGUCUGGCAGACCUUCAUUUUCGCUUUGAUGAACAAGACCAAGAAGAAGGAGACUGGCAAUAUCCCUGUCAUCGCGGAAGCGCUGAUGAAGAUGUUUGGUAUCCCUCACACGAAAUACACGUUGGUCGGGGAUGAUUUCGUGAGAGGUGUUUCUGGAGGUGAGCGGAAGCGUGUUUCUAUCGCUGAGACGCUGGCUUCGAAGAGUACUGUUGUCUGCUGGGACAACUCGACUCGCGGUCUUGAUGCUUCCACCGCAUUGGACUACGCACGCUCUCUGAGAGUCAUGACUGAUGUCAGCAAUCGCACGACUUUGGUGACCCUCUAUCAGGCAGGUGAAGGAAUUUACGAAGUCAUGGACAAGGUUCUCGUCAUUGACGAAGGCCGCGAAAUUUACUCUGGACCUGCCAAGGAGGCCAGACAGUACUUCAUCGAUCUUGGAUACGAGGCUCCUGAACGCCAAACCACAGCAGAUUUCUUGACCGCCGUUACGGAUCCCGUGGAGCGCAAAUUCCGAAAGGGCUACGAACACAAGGCUCCCAAGGGUCCCGAAGCCCUGGAGAAGGCCUUCAGAGAGUCACCCAACUACCAAAAGGUUCUCGAGGACAUCACCGAUUAUGAAAACUACCUCAAGGAGACCGACUACAACGAUGCAAGGGAAUUCGAAGACGCCGUUCAAGACGGCAAGUCGAAGCGUGUGUCCAACAAGUCCAGCUACACAGUCUCGUUCCAACGUCAAGUUCUGGCCUGCGUCAAGCGUGAGGCAUGGCUGCUUUGGGGUGACAAGACGACACUGUGGACCAAGCUCUUCAUCAUCAUCUCCAACGGUCUCAUUGUCGGCUCUCUCUUCUACGGCGAAUCCUUCGACACUUCCGGUGCCUUCACUCGUGGCGGUGCUCUCUUCUUCUCGAUUCUCUUCCUUGGCUGGCUCCAACUUACUGAGCUGAUGAAGGCCGUCAGUGGCAGAGCUGUCGUCAAGCGCCACGAAGACUACGCCUUUUACCGCCCAUCCGCCGUCACGAUCGCCAGAGUGGUCAUGGACUUGCCCGUCAUUCUCGUCCAGGUCCUCAUCUUCGGCAUCAUCAUGUUCUUCAUGACCAACAUGACCAUAAGCGCUUCUCAGUUCUUCAUCUACAUGCUUUUUGUGUACAUCACGACGAUUCUGUUGACAGCGCUCUACCGCAUGUUCGCAUCGCUCUCCCCGGAGAUCGAUACGGCCGUGCGAUUCAGUGGAAUAGCUCUCAACCUUUUGGUAAUCUACACUGGAUAUGUGAUCCCGCGACCGCAACUCCUCACCAAGUACAUCUGGUUCGGCUGGAUAUACUGGAUCAACCCGCUCUCCUACAGCUUCGAGGCUGUGAUUACAAACGAAUUCGCUGGCCGAACGAUGGCUUGUGCUCCAUCGCAGCUCGUUCCACAAGGUCCCGGUAUCGAUCCAGCGUAUCAAGGCUGUGCUCUAGCCGGAGCAGACGUCAACGCUCAAUCGGUCGAUGGCUCCGCAUACCUGGCCACUCAGUUCAACUACUCGAGAAGCAACCUGUGGCGCAACUUUGGCGUCGUCAUCGCUUUCAUUGUACUCUACAUCCUGGUCACUGUCAUUGCUACUGAGACGGUCUCUUUCGCUGGUGGCGGUGGUGGCGCGCUCAUCUUCAAGAAGUCGAAAAAGGCCAAGAAGCAAGUCAAGCAUGCCAAGCAUGCCGAUGAGGAGAAGGGUGGUAUUGCUGAGGAUAGCAGUAGCUCUAGCAAGAAGAAUGCCAGCUUGGGUGACGCUCCGAACGAGGACAAGGAGGAUGAGGCGCUCGACAAGCUCACCAAGAGCGAGAGCAUCUUCACAUGGAAGGACGUCGAAUACACUGUCCCAUACAUGGGCGGCGAGCGCAAGCUCCUGAACAAGGUCAAUGGUUAUGCUAAGCCCGGUGUCAUGGUCGCCUUGAUGGGAGCUUCUGGUGCCGGAAAGACGACUCUCCUCAAUACUCUGGCGCAACGUCAAAGCAUGGGUGUCGUCUCCGGAGAGAUGUUCGUUGACGGACGUCCCCUCGGCCGCGAGUUCCAGCGUAACACUGGCUUCUGUUUGCAGGGCGAUCUCCACGACGGCACUGCAACGAUCCGCGAGGCGCUUGAAUUCUCGGCCAUUCUGCGCCAGGACGCCAGCGUUUCCAGGGAAGAGAAGAUCGCAUACGUCGAUACUGUCAUUGACCUCCUCGAGCUCAACGACAUGCAAGACGCCAUCAUCAGCUCGCUAGGCGUGGAACAACGUAAGCGUCUGACGAUCGGAGUCGAACUCGCCGCAAAGCCAUCUCUCCUCUUGUUCUUGGACGAACCGACUUCCGGUCUCGACUCGCAAUCCGCCUACUCCAUCGUCAGAUUCUUGAAGAAGCUCGCCAGCGCCGGCCAGGCCAUUGUCUGCACCAUCCACCAGCCUUCCUCUGUUCUGAUCCAGCAAUUCGACAUGAUCCUCGCUCUCAACCCUGGCGGCAACACCUUCUACUUCGGUCCUGUCGGAGAGAACGGCAAGGACGUCACCAAGUACUUCUCCGACCGCGGCGUCGACUGCCCACCACACAAGAACGUUGCGGAGUUCAUCCUCGAGACUGCUGCCAAACCGCACAAGCGCAAGGAUGGAAAGAAGAUCGACUGGAACCAGGAGUGGGUCGAGUCGCAACAAGCCAAAGACGUCCUGGAGGAGAUCGACGGCCUCAAGCAAACCCGCAGCCACGUCUCCACUUCCCAGAAAAACAAGGACGACGAGAAGGAAUUCGCCGCCUCCACCAUGCUGCAAUGCACCGAACUCCUCCGCCGCACUUUCCGCCAAUACUGGCGCGAUCCCUCCUACCUCUACGGCAAAUUCUUCGUCUCCGUCAUCGUCGGCAUCUUCAACGGCUUCACCUUCUGGCAACUCGGCAACACGCAGCAAGACAUGCAGAACCGCAUGUUCACCGCUUUCCUCAUCAUCACCAUCCCUCCCACCAUCGUCAACGCCGUCGUGCCCAAAUUCUACACCAACAUGGCCCUCUGGCAGGCUCGCGAGUACCCCUCGAGAAUCUACGGCUACUUCGCCUUUGUCACCGCACAAGUCGUCGCCGAGAUCCCACCCGCCAUCAUCGGAGCGGUACUCUACUGGGUGCUAUGGUACUGGCCAACCGGCCUCCCAACCGACAGCUCCACUUCCGGCUACGUCUUCUUCAUGACCCUCCUCUUCUUCCUCUUCCAAGCCUCCUGGGGCCAGUGGAUCACCGCCUUCUCCCCAUCCUUCACCGUCAUCUCCAACGUCCUCCCCUUCUUCUUCGUCAUGUUCUCCCUCUUCAACGGCGUCGUGCGUCCUUAUGCUUCCCUGCCCGUCUUCUGGCGCUACUGGAUGUACUACGUCAACCCCUCCACCUGGUGGAUCGGCGGCGUCCUCGCCGCCACGCUCGACGGCAUCCCCGUGCAAUGUGCCGAGACCGAGACCGCGCACUUCGACGCUCCGCCGGGCCAGACGUGCGCUUCCUAUGCCGGCGCUUUUGCCCAAAGUGCGGGAGGGUACCUGCUCAACCCGCAGGAUAACACGAAUUGCAUGUACUGCCCGCUCAGCACUGGCAAUCAAUACUUGGCGCAGCUGAACAUCAAUGCAUCGGACAAGUGGAGGGACCUGGGGAUUUUCGUGGUGUUUGUGUUCUCCAACUGGUUUUUAGUGUACUUCUUCAUCUACACAGUCCGCGUCAAGGGGUGGACGUUCGGAUUCGGACCGCUCUUCGGAGCCCUUGGAAAGGGCGUGGAGUUGAUUAAGAAGCCGUUUAAAAAGGGGGAGAAGAAGGAGCAGAGCGAGGAGUAA